UAAAACUCCUGAUUCGCGAAAGAGGCGCGGACAUCCGUUCCGUGGGCGGCUAUAAGGAAACCGAACGGAGAAACCAAUACAAAAAGCCCUCGAGACCACCAGGAGAGAGAGAAGCAGAGGGAGAGAGGCAAUGGGGAUGGUUAAGGAGGUACUGCAGCAUCCAGAGGAUCUGAUGUCUUUGACGAAGAUGAUGAUGGCAGCGCAGAAGAUCAAGAGACAGAUCCCGACGGAGCCGCACUGGGGCUUUGCCUAUGCUAUGCUGCAGAAAGUCUCCCGCAGCUUUGCGCUGGUAAUCCAGCAGCUUGAUGCCGAUCUUCGCAAUGCAGUGUGUGUGUUCUAUUUGGUUCUCAGAGCCCUUGAUACUGUUGAGGAUGAUACAAGCAUUCCAGUUGACAUCAAGGUGCCGAUUUUGUUAGGAUUUCAUGAACACAUGUAUGAUCGUUACUGGCAUUUCUCAUGUGGUACUAACGCUUACAAGGUUCUGAUGGACAAAUUCCAUUUUAUUUCAAUUGCCUUCUUGGAGCUGGGUAAAAGUUAUCAAGUGGCAAUCAAAGAUAUUACCAUGAGAAUGGGUGCAGGAAUGGCUAAAUUUAUAAGCAAGGAGGUCGUGACUGUUGAUGAUUAUGAUGAAUAUUGCCAUUAUGUGGCCGGUUUAGUUGGGCUUGGACUAUCAAAGCUUUUUCAUGCUUGUAGAAUGGAAAAUGAGGCUCCAGAAUCGCUUUCAAACUCAAUGGGUUUGUUUCUUCAGAAAGCAAAUAUUAUAAGGGAUUAUUUGGAAGAUAUAAAUGAGAUACCAAAGCCUCGUAUGUUUUGGCCUCGGCAGAUUUGGAAUAAAUAUGCUAACAAACUAGAGGAUUUCAAAGAUGAGGAGAACUCAGUAAAUGCAGUGCAAUGCUUGAAUGACAUGGUAACCAAUGCUUUGGUUCAUGCUGAAGAUUGCCUCCAGUACUUGUCAAAUUUGAAGUCACAUAAUAUCUUUAGAUUCUGUGCCAUUCCUCAGAUCAUGGCGAUUGGAACUCUAGCUUUAUGCUAUAACAAUGUGGAGGUCUUUAGAGGUGUUGUCAAAAUGAGACGUGGGCUUACCGCCAGAAUCAGUGACCAGACAUGCACGAUGGCUGAUGUUUAUGGUGCUUUUUAUGAUUUCUCUUCUUUGCUUGAGACAAAGAUUGAUGAGAAUGAUCCUAAUGCUAGUCUCACUCGCAAGCGUGCGGAUGCUAUAAAGAAAGCAUGCGUAUCUUCUGGUUUACUAAAUAAGAGGAGGCUCUAUGUGGAGAGAAAGGGGUCCAUGUACAGUUCGCAAUUGAUAAUGGUCAUUAUCCUCCUUGCUAUUUACUUUGCUGCACGCUUGAUAAAAUGAUUCGUUCGAGCUAUAGCUUUGUCGGGUUUCAUCCAUGGUGUAAACUUUGGCAGCAGUUAACAAAACGCUACCAGGUAUUAUUCUUGUUACCGCGCCACAUCUCUAUCGGGUAAUUAUUUAUUGUCAUACAAAAUACAUAUUUUGUU